GUUCCUGAAAGAAUAUCCUGGAAAUCCUAAAUUGAACAUGGCACCCUCGGAUGAAAUUCGAAAACUGUACUUUGCCUUCGCAAUAACGUUCACUACCAUUCACGUUCGCCCCAAAACGUGAACAACCUCAUCGAUUUGAGUUUAUUGAAGUCUUUGACUUGUGACACCGACUGAACAAUCACAACAAAUGAACUGGGAGUGACCUUCAUAGCUUUGACAGUAAAAUUCAACUUGAGAGUCGCAAUAUGCAUCUUGAAGCAGAUUUUAUUGGGAUGUGUCCAACUGCCGCCUGUUGUGAGGGUCCAACGUGUGCACGUCGCGAGGAGCCACGACGUGUCAGCAGUGUUUGACGGUUCACCCCAGCUGUGCGUGGUGCUCCCAAAAGACCUUUGGGAUGGGAGGGUCUGGCGUUUUUCGCUGCAACCUGAAGCAGAACCUGCUGGAGGGCGGCUGUUCUGAGGCAGCCCUGGAGUCGCCCACCAGCACGUUGGUGGUGCUGGAGGACAAGGAACUCAGCGACAAGGCCUCGGGGGCGGCGGGUUCCAUCACCCAGAUACAGCCCCAGAAGGUCCGCAUGGUGCUCAGGCCAGGCGAUUCCAAGAAGUUCACCGUCAGUGUGAAGCAAGUUGAGGACUACCCCGUGGAUCUCUACUACCUGAUGGAUCUUUCGUACUCCAUGAAGGAUGACUUGGCUCGCCUGCGUACUCUCGGCAAUGAUCUGGCUGAGACCAUGGGCAAGACCACCAGUAACCUGCGCAUGGGCUUCGGAGCAUUUGUGGAGAAGACCACGUCGCCCUACAUGUUCAUGUCCCCGCCAGAGCUCAUCAAGAACCCUUGUUUCAAGAUGAAAGAGGACUGUCAGCCCCAGUUCAGCUACAAGCAUGUGCUUUCCCUCACGGAUAAGGUGGCUCGCUUCACCGAGGAAGUGAAGAAGCAGCAGGUGUCCCGGAACAGGGACGCCCCGGAGAGUGGAUUUGAUGCAGUCAUGCAGACAGUCGUAUGCAAGGACAGAAUCGGUUGGCGACCGGAAGCGUCACACCUUCUGGUGUUCACCACCGACGCCAAAACGCAUUUCGCCCUCGACGGACGCAUCGCCGGCAUCGUGCAGCCCAAUGAUGGACAGUGCCACCUGGGGAUUGACAAUGUCUACAACAAAUCAACUGUGCUGGAUUAUCCCUCCUUGGCACUUCUGACUGAGAAAAUGUCAGAAAACAACAUUAAUUUGAUUUUUGCCGUGACGGACUACGUGGUGCCGCUCUAUAAGGAGUACAGUCAGCUCAUUCCAGGCACCACCGUGGGAAAGUUGUCUGGUGACUCCGGGAAUGUUAUUGAGCUCAUCGAAGUGGCGUACGCGAAAAUUCGCUCUAAAGUGGAGCUCGAGCUCCUGGGGGUUCCGGAGGAGUUGAAUCUGUCCUUCAAUGCCACCUGCCUGAACGGUGAAGUCAUCCCCGGCCUCAAGUCUUGCUCCGGCCUCAAGAUCGGAGACACGGUGUCUUUCAGUGUGGAGGCCCAACUGCGAGUUUGCCCGAAAGAGAGGACUCGAACGUUCACCAUCAAACCUCGAGGAUUCAAGGACUCUCUCGAGGUCACGAUGGUUUUUGCGUGCGGGUGCGACUGCGAGGCGGACGCCGAGGCCGACAGCCCGUUCUGCAGCAACGGCAACGGCACUUACGAGUGCGGCGUGUGCCAGUGCCACGCCGGGCGACUGGGCCCUCAUUGCGAGUGCUCCCAGGAGGAUUACAGCCCUUCUGACGACGCCAAGUGCAUCCCCAAGCCCGGAAGCCCGGCCUGCAACGGGCGCGGCGACUGCUUGUGCGGACAGUGCUCGUGUCACAACAGCGACUUCGGACAAGUGUGGGGCAAGCAUUGCGAGUGCGACGACUUCAGCUGCCUGCGCUUCAAGGGGGCGCUGUGCUCAGGCCAGGGCAAGUGCAGCUGCGGCUUCUGCCAGUGCGACGCCGGCUGGGUGGGCGACAACUGCAACUGCAGCACCCGCAUCGACACGUGCAUGUCCAGCAUCGGCCUGCUGUGCAGCGGCCGCGGCAACUGCGAGUGCGGCUCGUGCCAGUGCACGCAGCCCGGGGCUUACGGCGCCACCUGCGAAAAGUGCCCCACCUGCCCGGACUCGUGCACCAUCAAAAAGGAGUGUGUGGAGUGUCAGCACUUCAAGAGAGGCCAGUACAUUGACAACAAAAGCUGCAGUCGCAUCUGCAAAGACGAAAUUAGAGUGGUGACCCAAAUCAAGUUCCUCUCGGAGAAUGCCGUGAACUGCUCGUACAAGGACGAGAACGACUGCGUGGAGCACUUCCAGUACUAUGAAGACGAAAGUGGCAAAUCCAUUUUGUUCGUGAUUAAAGAGCCAGAAUGUCCCCAGGGCCCCGACACCCUGGUGGUGCUGUCGGCCGUGACGGGUGCCAUCCUGCUCCUGGGUCUGGUGGCCCUGCUCAUCUGGAAGCUGCUGGUCACCAUCCACGACCGGAGGGAAUACGACAGGUUUGAGAAGGAGCGAGCCAAAGCCAGGUGGAACACGGCAAACAAUCCACUGUACAAAGGAGCGACAUCCACCUUCACCAACGUGGCGUACAGAGGCGCCUCAUCCAGCUGAACGCACCACUCAGGGUCCGGGCGCACCCGCCGAAUGUAGUCGACCCCCCCACCCCCACCCCUCCCCAAGCGAAUGAGCACGCGAACAGCCACUGCAGCCACAUCGUAUUUAUUGCCGCGUAUGACAAAAGCUCACUUUCAAAGCUUGUUUUUUUUUGUCACAGCUGCUGUAUGCACUUAGUUUGCUCUCGUUUAUAAAAAAAAAGUUGUUUUUUUUUUCAUGGUUGGCCGCUUAUUCUUUACUGCUGCAUCAGCGGUGUUUAUUUUUUGUAAUGUUUCUGAAGAAGUGGAAGAUGGUUUUCUAAGUACAUUUCCUGUAAUGUUAUUUUCAAAAAUGACAACCGCAGUCGCAAAUGCUCAAAGUUUAUUUUGGUAGCUGUAAAUGCGGUGCUACAUGCUGUUUUCUAAAAAAAAAGGGGGGUGGGAAAAUUCCAAUAAAUUAUUGAUUAUGGACGUUGA